CCCCUCCAUAUCCUACCCCCAGCAUCCUUUCUCGAAUCUCCACCAUUUUCACCACCUCUGCUUCUCUCUCUCUCUCUCUCUCUCUCUCACACACACACACACAGAGGCACACGCACACACUGACAAAUGAUAGUAGCAGGAGGGCACUCCAAGAAGAGGCAGCGCGUGGGCAGCACGAGCCGCUUCUCAUCCACCGUCGGCGUCGUCGACUUAUCCCGUCCCGACGGAACCUUAGUCGAAGCUUCUCAGCGCCGCCGCACCGUCCACCCUCCGCCGCUCCCUUCUGACCACGGCGGCUUUAACGACUCCGCCACCGCCGACGUCCUUCUCCGUCUUCACCUUGACCCCUCCCCCUUCGACUCCGAUUCCGAAUCUCUCUCCGUCAUCGAUUGCGUUGACCAGGCCGAAGCCCAGAUCUACCUGCACUCGGAUGUCCUCCGCCGAUCCAAGUACUUCGCCGCGCUGUUAUCCGACCGCUGGCAGCCUCACUCCGGCGACGAUUCUGACAGUCCUCGCAAGAUUCAGCGCCUGAGUUUCGGAGUUUCGGCCACCACUGGAUCAAUUGAUACCCAUCUAACGGUUCUAGAGCUUCUAUAUGCCAAUGAUUUAUCCGCGGCGAUCGAUAAUGCGGCAUCGGCUCUCGAGAUCCUUCCCGUGGCGCUUGAAUUGCUGUUUGAGGAUUGCGUUAGGGCUUGCGUUCGGUUCCUGGAGGCCGUGCCGUGGAGUGAAGAUGAAGAGAGGAGAGUUUUGAGUUUGAUUCCGUUUCUUAGAGAAGAAGAGUCGCGAGAACUGCUCGCUAGGGUUUCGCCUGCGAGCAGUGAUACGUCUGAGGAGAUGCUUUAUGGAUUGAUUUUUGCCGCGAUUCACAACCAUCCGAACAUGGCAUUCGUGAAGGCGUUUGUGGCAAAACUCUUAAGGGAUUUCUCGUCGAGAGAGUCGGCUCGGAGGGUGUUGGACCGGGCGUUUGAUACGAGCCUGAAGAUAGUGAAGGAGUCAUUGGAGGAGUACUCGAGUCCGGACUUUAGAGGUGAUCAUAAUGAGACGGAGGCUAUUCAGAGGUUGAAUUUGCACACCGCGAUGACGAACGGGAGGCAUUUGUUGUGGUUGGUUGAGAGGAUGAUUGAGUUAAGAGUGGCUGAUACAGCGGUGAAGGAAUGGAGUGAGCAGGCAUCGUUCACGGCGGAUUUGCAGAGGGCUUUUCGCGAUGAUGCUUGGAGGAAUAUUGUGCCUGGGCUUCCGGCUGUUGUGCUUCGGUGCACUUGUAAGCUUGCCAAUGCAGUUGCCGCUGGAUCCAUUUUGGCUCCUAGACAGGUUAGGAUGAAACUUGUGAAAGAUUGGCUACCAGUGCUGAUCGUAUGCAGGGACAAUGUGCUGCCACUGCUAUCCAGCCAUAAAUCAUUGUUCCUGGAGCUGGAAGUGACAUUCCUGAGAAUCAUCUCGACGCUGCCCAUGUCCAACGCCCAGGAGUUGUUGCAGCAGUGCCUCAGCUUUUCAACUCGAAACGUGGAGGACUGCCCUCACUUGGUCACUGCAUUUAACACUUGGUUCCGCCGUGCCACCCAAGCCACCCAAGCCCCGCAGGCAGACUAGCAGUUUUCCCUGAUAUGCUGUUUAGGGCAAUAUGUUUGUUGUUGCCGCCUCCCUUGCUUCCUGCUUCCUGCUUCUUUGUAUGAUUUGAGGGCCUGCCCACCCUUUCUCAAAACUACCAUGUGCAUAUGAAAACAAAUGCUAAGAGACCUACCUAGCUAUACUUUUACCUCUGUACUCUUUCUUUGUAUAUAAACCUCCUGAUCGCCCAACUUGUGAAUACCCUUGUUAUUGUAUUUUCGAAAUGUAUACACUGCCUGAACUCCUUAUCACCCUUUAUAGUUUCAAGGAUUAAGGUAUUUGGGAUUCUGUACAUUAUUUUAAUAUAUGCAUUGGUGUUUGCUGCAA